GUAAGAAAAGAUGGAAUCUUUGCCUUGAUAAGAGUCAUUCCAUCAUUUUUGUUUCAUUUGAUACUAGGGUUUUUCUUGAUUUUGGCAUAGAUUUGAUGAGAAACUAUUUCAAAAUAGUUGAAUUCCCAACUUUUCUGAUUUCAAGAAAUUAAGGUUAGGUGACAGCUGCCAGCAAUGUCGUCUCUCAGCAAAGACCUAAUGUUCUUGAUCAUGCAAUUCUGUGAUGAGGAGAAUCUUAAGAAGACCGCACACAUGCUUGAACAAGAAUCGGGCUAUUUCUUCAAUAUGAAGUAUUUCGAGGAGCUGGUGCUGGAUGGGAACUGGGACGAGGCGGAGAAAUAUCUCUCGAGCUUCACGGUCGCUGAAGACAACAAAUACUCCACCAAGAUAUAUUUUGAGAUUAGGAAGCAAAAGUAUCUUGAGGCCUUGGAUAAGCACGAGUUUCAUACCGCCUUAGACAUCCUUAAGAAGGAUCUCAAGGUGUUUGCACAGUCAAACGAAGAAUUAUACAAAGAAAUGGCUCAGCUCUUGGCACUAGAUGACUUGAGGGAAAAUGAUUCGCUCGCCCUUUAUGGAGACACGUUAACUGCCAGAAAAGGCCUCCUAGGUGAUCUUCGGUCUAUCAUCGAGGCAAACCCCCUUCUCCAAGGAAAAACUAGGUUUCCUCAAAUAAAAAAGUCGAGGUUGAGGCGUUUGGUUAACCAGAGUUUGAACUGGCAGCAUGUGCUAUGCUCACGUCCUCACUGGCAACCGCACAUCGACACCCUCUUUACGGAUCAUAAGUGUCCUGGAUCCGAUAAUAUGCAGGCUCAACUGAGCUCGUUGCCGCCCUCACCUGUUGCAGUUGAAUGGCCUCGAGAGAGAGACUCGUCAACUGAUUCCCUCGUUACAAUCAGGAACCAUGAAGCUCUAUCCGACCAAGGUCCUCUCGUUGUAUUUGAUUCACUUUCAGGGGCGGAUCCACUUGGUGCUUUAGCUGGGGAGGGUAGGCUCUAUGUCGAUGUUGAGUCAACGGAACAUAUAAACGAGGAGGAGGUCUCGCAGGCGGUUAUUUCCACCCGUUGUCAAGCUUCUCGAAAUGAACCUCCUAUCGAAUUUCCUAGCACGGUCGAACGGGUUUUGGAUAUAGGCUCGUCCAUGACUAGCAUGGAUUUUCACCCUGUUCAUGAGGCUCUGUUAUUAGUCGGGAAAUUAUCCGGAGAUGUGGAAAUCUGGGACGUUGCUGCUUACAAGAAGCUGUUCAGAAGAGAAUUUGUGGUCAAGUCGUUUAUGGACAAAAUGGAUAAAAAUCACAGCAUCUCCGUUACUCGUGUACUGUGGAGCCUUGAUGGUUCUCUAUUUGGGGUUGCAUAUUCGAAAAACGAGCUACAUUUGUAUUAUAAAAAUGGCAAUUCAUUUGAGAAGAAAUUGGAGAUCGACGCACAUAUUGGCAGUGUGAAUGAUAUAGCAUUCUCUAUAGCAAAUAAAAUACUUGUUGUCAUAAGCUGUGGUGAUGACAAGUUGAUUAAGGUUUGGGGUGCGGCAAGUGGCGCUAAACUGUAUACCUUUGAAGGCCACGAGGAUCCCGUGUACUCGCUAUGCCCUGGUUUGAAGAGAAAUAUCCAUUUCCUGUUUUCCAUUUCCAUAAGUGGUGAGAUAAAAGUAUGGUUAUUCGAUAAUGAAGGAUCGAGGGUGGCUUAUUGUGCUCCCGGUUCCUGUCGUACGAGAAUGGCUUGUGGCAAUAAAAGGGUGUUUUUGUGUGGGACGGAGGAAAACGGAGAAUCCUACCUUGUUGAAUGGAAUGAGAAUGAAGGGAGUAUUGUUAGGAAUUACCAGUUACUUAGCAAAUGCUCUUCGACUGUGGUUCAAUUCAAUACCUGCCUCGACCGGUUUCUGGCUGCUGGAGACGAGCAUCUGAUCAAAAUCUGGGAUAUGGACAGCGACGAACUGUUAGCCGUUAUUGAUGCUGAUGGUGGUUUGCAAGCGAGCCCGUAUAUUUGCUUCAGUAAGAAAGGGAAUCUAUUGGCUGUUUCUGCUGUUGAUAAUCGAAUCAAGAUCUUGGCAAAUGAUUCUGGCCGUCGUUUUCUGAAAGAAGCCGCCUUCGAUUUUGGUGAUUCUGCUAAAUGUGUAACAGAAUCCUUCGGCAAUCUUUCUGUAGGUUCGUCGCCUUUUCCAUGUCAAGGAGUUGCAGGAGGUAACGGGACUAUGGGAGGAGAGAUUCUGGAUCCAAUGUGGAUUACAGAACCGAAAGGGCGUGAAGAAACUACGAACAAUAUGGAGGCAACGAACGUUUCUAAAAUCGUUGAAGUUUCUCGCUGCCAAUCCAUGCUACUCACUUCUGAAGUCAAGACUAAUCUGAUACGGAGAUUGGUGUACACGCACACAGGUAAUGGCAUUCUCGCAUUAGCAGAAGACGGAACUCAUCUACUGUGGAGAUGGGCGAAGAGUGGCGAGGCAACGAUGAAAUGUGCCCCUCGGUUAUGGCAGCCGAGGAGCGGAUUGUUAAUGACCAACGACCUUCCUGACAAGAGCGGGGAUGUGGUCACACCGUGCCUUUCGCUGUCGAAGAAUGACUCUUAUUUAAUAUCUUCGUCGGGGAGGGUGAUUAGUUUGUACAACUUGCUGGGAUUCAAGAACAUGAGGAACGUGAUGCCAUCACCGCCUGCUGCAACGUGCCUCUUGUUCUAUCCACCGGACAACAACAUAAUAGCUAUAGGCAUGGAUGACUCCACGAUUCUCAUCUACAAUAUACGCGUUGAUGAGCGGAUAAGCAAGCUCAAGGGGCAUUCCAAACGAAUCAGCGGAUUGGCUUUCUCGACCAAUCUAAACGUGCUCAUAUCUUGUGGGGUCGAUACUGAGAUUGUGCUGUGGGACUCUAUCACAUGGGAGAAGAAGAAAAGCACGGUGCUGCAGAUCUCGGUUGGCUGGAUGGCAUCGGACUUGUCAGAGACGAACGUUGAACUGGACAAUGAUCAGCAGCACUUUCUGGCAGUGCACGAGACUCAGCUUGCCAUAUAUGAAACUGCAACACUACGACGUGUGAAGCAGUGGACUAUCGCCAACUUCUGCACGCGAAUAUCCCACGCGACCUACUCUUGUGAUAGCCGGGUGGUGUAUGCUGCCAUGAGAGAUGGGAUUCUCUUGAUACUCGGUGCAGCAGACCUCGCCCCACGAAUUGAGAUAGAUCCGUCUUCGUACCUUCCACCCCAUCUAAGCUGUUACGUGGAUCCGCUUGUUGUUGCGGCUCAUCCACAUAAACCGGAGCAAUUCGCGUUGGGAUUGUCGAACGGCGGAGUGGUCGUUAUCGAACCCGAAGAAUCUCAAGGCCAAUGGACCAUCAAGAACCACCUUGAAUCUUGAACUUGAAUCUUCUCAUGGCCAGUGGAUUAUAUCAGUUUUGAUGUUUUCUAUAUUAAACGGAUUUUCUUAUUUAAUCAUAUUGACUACAUUAUACUAUCAUUUUUUUAUUUUGAAGCAAUAUAUUAUUAAGUACUAA